AUUCAAAUAAUUUAAGGUGUCUUAGUUCAUUAUUGUCCAGUUGAAACUAGUACUAGUAUCAUCAUUGAAAUUUCAUGAGUUUGGUUCGAUUUGAAAUAAAAUUUUCUUUAAAUGUGAAUAGUAAAAACACAUACAUAUGGAAACGUACAAUACUGGAGAAAUUUGCACGAAAACCAACAAAUUGACACAGCGUAUGCGAGUUAAUGACCUAGAAAAGCAGUAUUCAUGUAAAACAUGCGGAAAAUGCUAUACAAAUUCAAAGUAUUUGAAUGCACAUAUGAAACUUCACACUGACGAUAAGCCACAUUCUUGUGAAUCAUGUGGCAAACGUUUCAAGUUUUUUAGUUAUUUGAAAAAGCACAUCAUGACUCAUACUAAAGAAAAGCCCUAUUCUUGUGAAUCAUGUGACAAACGUUUUGCUCAUUCUAGUAUAUUGAAGGAGCACGUUAGAAUCCAUACGGUAGAGAAACCUUAUUCUUGCAAAAUUUGUGGAAAGUGCUUUACAGUAGCAAGUAGUUUAAAAAACCAUACUCGAAUUCACACUGGGGAAAAGCCAUAUAUUUGUCAAAUUUGUGGAAAAUGCUUUGCAGUGGCAGGCAAUUUGAAAGACCACACACGAAUUCACACAGGAGAGAAACCAUAUUCUUGUCAAAUAUGUGGAAAAUGUUUCGGGAGAUCUGGAUAUCUGAAAACGCAUGUGCAAAUUCACACAGGAAAAAAGCCAUAUUCUUGCAAAAUAUGUGGAAAAUGCUUUGCGCUCACAAGUACCUUGAGAGAGCAUACACAAAUUCACACUUCAGACAAGCCAUAUUCUUGUCAAACAUGUGGCCAACGUUUCAUGCAUGCUAGACAUCUAAAAAAGCAUAUGCGAACUCACACAGGAGAAAAACCAUAUUCUUGCAAAAUAUGUGAAAAAUGCUUUGCAACCGCAGGUAAUCUGAAAGAGCAUAUGCGUAUUCACACUGAGGAAAAGCCUCAUUCUUGCAAAAUUUGUGGAAAGUAUUUUGCAGUGGCAAGUAUUUUGAGGAAACAUAUGCGAACUCAUACUGGAGAAAAGCCAUAUUCUUGCAAAAUAUGUGGAAAUUGCUUUGCAACUACAAGUAAUUUGAACAGGCAUACGCAAACGCACACUGGGGAAAAGCCAUAUUCUUGUGAAAUUUGUGAGAAAAGUUUUACGCAACUCAAUAGUUUGAAGAAUCAUAUCAGACUUCAUACUGAAGAAAAGCCAUAUACUUGUAAAAUAUGUGAAAAGAGCUUUACGUUUGCAGGGGGCUUAAAAAUACAUGUGCAGACUCAUAGUGGAGAAAAGCCAUAUUCUUGCAAAAUAUGUGGUAAAUGCUUUACAGCACGGAACAGCUUGAAUGUGCAUCAGCGCAUUCAUACAGGGGAAAAGCCAUACUCUUGUACGACAUGUGGCAAAUGUUUUGCACAUUCUUGUGCGUUGAAGGUCCAUAUAAGAAUUCAUACCGGACUUACUGCUGCAAAACAUGCAGAAAAACAGUUGGACAUGGGCUAUAAAAAUGGAGCAAAAACAAAAAGGAAAUAUGUCUGCGAAAUAUGUGAAAAACUUUUUUUUCGAUCUGAUCACGUGAAACAACAUAUGGUAAUUCACACUGGUGAAAAGCCAUACACUUGUGAAACAUGUGGAAAAUGUUUCAGUCAAAAAGGUAAUAUGGAUCUACAUAUAAAGCGAUUCCAUGUUGGUGAGAAGCCAUAUGUUUGUGAAACCUGUGGCAUGCCCUUUCCAAGAUAUUAUGAAAAGAAAAUGCAUAUGCUAAUACAUACUGGGAAAAAACCAUAUGGUUGCAAAAUAUGUGGAAAACGUUUUUCUCGAUCUGGUAACCUGAAUCAACACUUGACAAUUCACACUGGGGAAAAGCCGUAUUCUUGUGAGACAUGUGGAAAAUGCUUCAGUCAAAAAAGUACUGUGAGGUUGCAUAUAAAAAGAUCCCAUGUUGGUGAAAAGCCCUAUCUUUGUGGAACUUGUGAUAAGUCCUUUGCAACAUGUAGAGAGAAGAAAAUGCAUAUGCGAAUUCAUACUGGAGAAAAACCGUAUGCUUGUCAUUUAUGUGAAAAACGUUUUGCUUACUCUGGUAACGCAAAGCAACAUUUGCAAAUUCAUACUGGAGAAAAACCAUAUUCUUGUGAAACAUGUGGAAAAUAUUUCAGAGACAAGAGCACUAUGAAACAACAUAUAAAGCGAGCCCAUACUGGGGAAAAGUCACAUAUUUGCAUAACUUGUGGCAAAUGCUUUAUAACAUCACAUGAGAAGCAAGUUCAUAUGCGAAUUCAUACCGGAGUAAAACCAUAUGCUUGUGACAUAUGUGAGCGUUGCUUUGCAAAGUCCAGUAACUUGCGACAACAUUUGCGAAUUCACACCGGGGAAAAGCCCUAUUCAUGUGAGACAUGUGGAAAAUGUUUUAAUAGAAAAAGUACUGUGAAGAUGCACAUGAAAAGAUCUCAUAUUGGUGAAAAACCAUAUUCAUGUGGAACUUGUGAUAUGUGCUUUACAACAUUUGUUGAGAGGAAAAUGCAUAUUCAAACUCAUACUGGAGAAAAACCAUAUACUUGCAAUAUAUGUGAAAAACGUUUUUCUCAACCUAGAAACUUGAAACUACAUUUGCAAAUUCAUACCGGAGAAAAACCAUAUUCUUGUGAAAUUUGUGGGAAAAGGUUUAGUCAGAAAUGUAAUAUGAAAAACCAUAUCAAGCGAUCCCAUAUUGGUAAAAAGUCAUAUGUCUGUGGGACCUGUGAAAAGACGUUUAUAACAUCGUAUGAGAGGAAUUUGCAUAUGCGAACUCAUACUGGAGAGAAGCCAUAUGCUUGCGAAAUAUGUGAAAGACGUUUUUCAAUACCUGGUAACUUGAAACGACAUUUAAAAAUUCAUAGUUGGAAAGAAUAUGACCAAACUCAAAUUGGUGAAAAUCCAUAAUUCUUCUGCUAUAAAUCCUUCGUAGGAUUGGGUACAAAGAAAAGACAUAUGUAAAAUCAUAUAGCAAUUGCAUUAUUCAUCAAAUAUAUCGUGACAAUUAUAUAUAACAUUUAAAUCAAUUGUUUGAAAUUCCUGUCAAUCUAAUUGAUGAUUUGCACAUUGUAUCUCUUAUGUUCGAAUUUUGCAUUUAAUUAUGAAACUAUAGUUUUAUUGCACACUAACACAAUAUAUUUCUGUAACGUUUAGACUUCCUCAAACAUACAUAGUACAACUUUUAACAAGAAUAGAAACUGCAUGCAUAUUUAUAUAAUGGUAUGGCAACAACAAUAUGAGUUUAAAGAGUCCCUAAAAUUCGUGAUUGUAUAAAUAAUUGACAGCAUUAAAUUUGAAAAUAAAAAUUAAUUUAAACAAUGCAUAAAAUAUUCCAAAAUGCCCUAAUUUCCUUAAUAUUUAUUUUUAAUAGUUCCUUCCUCCCAGGUGAAUGAAAUACGACUCUUUAGUUUUUCAAUUCCAAUUACAUUUUCAGUGAAUGUCCAGGUUGUUUAAAGUGAGCACCGACGACCCGGUUUCUGUUUUUCGAUUUAAUACUUUCAAUAUGUUUCGAGAUCCGAUAUUUCAUAUGCCUUCCUGUUUCUCCAAUGUACGUGCUGCAUGUUACAUCUGGAAUUGCAUUCAUUUGAUUUUUGUAGUGACGUGAACAUUGUGGAGUAAUUUAUUUAUUUAUUCCCUUGAUUGACAGUGUGCACACUUUAUUACGAAAGUCUUGCCUGACAUGUCUUACUUAGUCAGGAAUAGUUUGGGAACUUUGCUUUUAAAUAGUUCUUAUACUUUUGUAUAGAAUGAGCGUGUUUCGUUGUAAAUAAUAUGAAAUUGGUUUAGCGGUCUUGACUUUCUGCUUUGACAUUGGGAUGGGUGAGUGCUAGGCACGAUCAAGUAAUGUAGAUUGUGAUUGCUCCACAUAUGCACAGUUUAAGGAUAUUUUAUGAGCAUUAGAUUGCCUUAUGAUUGUUUUUACAGUUAUAGUUCAUUUAAUUGAUUUGAUUUCAUUGACGAAUGAUUUCAUGUUCAA